AUGGAAAGUGUUUCAACCAGUAUUCUUGUGAUUUUAAUUAUUUCACGGCUUUUUACCGCGAACACUCAAUACCAGUCUCCGUGUCCAGAGAUUUUCGAAUACAGAAACGAUAACAGUGGGGUUUAUGGGGAAAUAACCCUAAAGCCAAACGGACCAUUAGCGUCUAUAACAAUAAGGACCAAUUUCACAAUUUUAGCUAGGCUGCAGUCUGAAUAUUUUGGGAGCAUUGAACCUUAUGGACGAGAGCAAGCCAUCCAGGAAUAUAAUCGGGGAAUGCCUAUAAAAUACAGGGUUAACUUUCCUUUGAGUUCGUCGCUCCCAAAGCUUACUGCGCUCUAUGUCAAUGACAAUAUACUUUGCUUUGCUUACCCAGAUAUUCCCGCAUCAAAUGAAUAUUUGACAACAAUAACACUUCAGCACACUUUAUUCAUAAAGUCAGCAACAUACAAUCUCCCGGCAAGCCAAACACAAGUACCAAAUUAUGUUAACAAUGUUGGCAAUGCACACGUCUUCAAAAUACCGUCUUCGUAUGUUGAUCAAACUACAUUUAAGACAACGUACUAUUAUGCCACACAUUUAGUGCGCCCAGAAUCAGACGUAAUAAAUAGCGUUAAUAGACCGCAACUACAGUUUUACCCAGAAGAAAUUACAUUUUCGGAUCCCCCAAGACGAUGGCCAUCACAUCAAUUGCAUCCACAACAAACCCAACCACAGCAAAUACAAUCCCAGCAAGAACAUACGACGUUGUCCGAACAAGUGACGGGUAUACCUGAAAAUUCUUUUCCUGAGGCUCUAUUGCCUGCGACUGAUAGUCUGGAGUUUGAAGAUUCUUUUAUCGUGCAAUGUGGGAAAGCAAAAAAGGGAGUUGCUCUUAUCUGGCACGGUCAGAGCUACUCUCGCGGCGAGUGGCCUUGGCUAGUUGCUAUUUAUCAGAAUAAAGACCGAACGCUCAGCUUUGUGUGUUCUGGUACUUUGGUUUCGGACAGACAUGUGAUCACAGCUGCCCAUUGUAUCCAUAACAAGGACACAUCAGUUAUAGUGGUGAAAGUGGGUGUAUACAAUCUGGACGAUUGGGGCGCAGAAGUUUUAUUACGGAAACUUGAAUCAGCAGUCAUACACGAAGGGUUCAACAAAGCAAACUUAUCGCACGAUAUAGCAUUGUUUACACUGGAGCAAUCGGUACAAUAUAAUAGCAACAUUAAACCGGCUUGCUUAUGGAGUGGCAAUCCUGAUUUAAAUCGAAUUGUCGGCCAAACUGGUGUGGUCACCGGUUGGGGAGACAACGAAAUUGGUAAAGGCGGGCAUGGAGACCCUCGCAUGAUUAGAUUGCCCAUUGUUAGUACCACUGAUUGUAGAGCUUCUAAGCCGGAUUUCCACAAACUCACCUCUGAAACAACUCUAUGUGCAGGUAAUCGCGAUGGAUCAGGGCCUUGCUCUGGCGAUUCUGGCGGCGGCCUUUUUGUUUUGGACGAUGGUCGAUGGAAACUAAGAGGAAUCGUCUCUCUAGCCCUUUCAACAACUUCGGCUGAUAAGAGGUGCAACCUCGACGAAUACGUUGUCUUCACGGACGCCGCUAAAUACUUAACUUGGAUUAAGAAGCACAUGCAAUUCUGA